GUCCUGUGUAUGUCUUCCGAAUACUGCUGCCUCCUUAUCCUCCGCCACCCUGCGCCAUGUGCCACUUUCGGUCUCCUCACACUGCUGCUAGGUCCAGAGUGUGUCAUGGGUCCCUGUACGGCCUCCCAUUGCUGCUGACUUCAUCGCCAGACUCUGCCAUGUGCCACUUUCAGGUCUCCUUACACUGUUGGUGGGUUCCAUUUUGUGAUAGGUGCUGUAUGCCUUCCAUUGCUGCUGCCCUCCACCGCCACCCUGCGCCAUGGUGCCUCUGUCGUCUCUGCUCACGCUGCUGACGGCAUUCCGCUUUUUAAAACCGAGGCCUGUGUUUGGCUUCCGAAUA